GAGAGAGAAAAACGUGAGAACUUUCUCUUUCCCUUCCAAUAAAAUUCAAAACUAAACCAAAAAAAUCUACGGGAAAAAAAAACUGCGACCGCUAAGCUUAAUACAUUCCCUACACAGAAUUAUCUCUUGUUCUGUGUUCUUGGUGCAUUGGUCAGAGGAAGCAGCUUGGGAAAUGCCUAUCUUCAAGAGGAAGCCUUUUGGUUUAGCAAAACCACCAGAAGAUUUGGAAUCCUCUGAGCUUGUAUACCAAGUUCGUUUCACCAAAGAGAUUUUUCGAGAUUAUCAAGAGUAUCUGAACCGGAUUAAUUUAUAUCGUGAGAGAGUUUGGAUGUGUAAGUCUACUGGAAAAUCUAACUUGACUUAUGAAGAGGCCUUGGUGUCGGAAAAACAUGCAAUUCAAAAGGUUCAACAGCUACCCAAUGAGCUAGUGGCACCUGCAUUGCGAAUUAUACAAUAUAGUAUGCUGUCACUGAGAGAUCUUGCUGAUCUAAUAUCCAAAAAGUUGCAGAAAGAUCUGUUUGUGGGUGCUGAAUUGCAUGGAAAGAAGGAUGGUGACCUAUACCCUUGCAGAGUGUUAAAAAUUGUGGAGAAUAAUAGUGGCAAAAUACAAUAUGAGGUAGCAUUGCUUGGAAAAGAUAAGAAAAUAACAGAAAACAUAAUAUUACAUGGAGAUGAUCUGGUGUGGAAGAAAACACCCUUCAGCAGAAAUAUUUUGAAGUCUUUUAUUAGGGAGUCGACAUGCCGAAGUAUUCCUUGGGCGAUCCAUGAAAAACUGGCACAGAAACAUGGUAUAUCAACAGACCCUCCAGAGGAGUUGCGAAGCAGAUUUUUCUUUCAAGAUGGACAGCUGGUUAACAAAACAAAGAAAAGGAAAAAUGAAAAUAGAAAUAAUGUUGGGGAAGCAAAUGGAGAUUCUGGGAAAUCCAAAAGGAAGAAAGGAGAAACUGGAAACCCUGAUGCUGAAAGUAAUCAGCCUGAGGAAGAACCUAUCAAAUAUCCAAUUGAUGACCUGCUGGUGAAGCCUGGUCCUGAUGAUCCACAAUUUACUGAUCGACCCUCUCUCUCAAGGGAUUUCAAUGUUCCAAUGGAUUGCGUUGGGGAUCUUUUGAUGGCUUGGGAUUUUUGUUCUUCAUUUAGUCGGGUGCUCAAUUUAUGGCCAUUCUCUCUUGAAGAUUUUGAAAAUGCCAUCUGUCACAAGGAUAGUAAUUUGGUUCUCGUUGUGGAAACACAUUCAGCUCUACUUCGAUUACUCAUAAAAGAUGGUGGUGAAUAUUCAUUUACUUUACAGAAGAAAAAGCGAAAGCCGAAGAUUUCACUCGUCACUUGGACUGAGUAUAUCUGUGAUUUCUUGGAAAUGAUCAACAUCACUGAAUUAUGUUCUUAUGUGAGCACUAUAAAGAGGGGCCAUUACGGGCUUUUGGAGGCUAAUUCCAAGUUAGCAAUUUUGUGUGAAUUGGUUUGUCAUGCCCUUAGAACUGAUGCUAUUAGAGGGAAGUUGGAUGAGCUCAUUGAGCAGCGGCAGGCACUUGGAGCCACAAUAAGAGGGGAAUCUUUGGAAUAUGCUAGAAAGAAACGAGAAGAAAAAGAACAGUUGAAAAACGAGCCUGAUGCAUUAGUAAAGGAAAAUAGUAUGGAAAGCACAGGAAGCAAUCCUCAAAUUGCAGAAAAUGGAGAUCAGACUGCAGAGCUGGAGGAGGGGGUUAUUUCAUCUAGACAAAGCAAUGCAUUUCAUAAUAGCAGGAAACAAUUAAACGGGCAAUUGAAGAAAGCAGAGAAGCAAAAUGUGGAUCCAAAAGCCGAAACAGAAAAUACGACGAACUCAAAUGAGAAGGAAGCACAGAAGCAGCUAAAUGGUGAAAAAAAGGAAGAUCAGGAGAAGAAGAGUAAAGAAAAGAGGGAACAGAGGAAGGAAUACUUUCAACGCGAGAUUGAGAAACGAAACAUUCGUACUAAUCCCUUGGGUAAAGACAGAGACUACAACAGAUUUUGGUGGUUUAGGCGAGAUGGGAGGAUAUUCAUCGAGAGUUGUGAUUCAAAGCAGUGGGGCUAUUAUAGUGCCAAGGAAGAGGUUGAUCUACUUAUAAGUUCACUGAAUCCCAAGGGAGAGAGGGAGAAAGCUCUUCAAAAGCAGCUGGAAAAAUUAUAUGACAAGAUCAGCGUGGAAUUGCAAAAAAGAUCGAAGGACUUGGCUCAGAAGAUUGCGUUGGAAGAGGCGGUGCUGCGGAGAUCGACUCGUGUUCGAGCACCACCUCGGGAAAAUCCUGCAAAUGCAUUCCUCAAGUAUAUGAACAAGUGGAAAGAAGACUAGGAAAAACUUCUUGUGAGGUCGAUAACUAUAAGUCGGUGCCUGUUUGAAGUGGUAGUUAGCAUGAGAUUAACAUUGUGUUGGAAGAAGAGGAACUGGGAUGGUGCCUUUUUUUGGUUGUUAAAUCCAUUCCUCUUUUAUUUACAAAGCCGCCAACCCCUAAAUCUCAUUCUUUUUAUCGCUUUUGUUAACCAGCCUUUA